CCAAAAUUCGCCUGUAAGCAUUAUACAUUUAAUUGCUAGUGAGUGGAUUUAAAUCUCUAUUGAUUUUCAAUAUUCAAGAAUGGACAAGAUGCUGUCUUCAAGUAAAAAGAAUACUAUGCAAUUAAUCCUAAGAGAGAAACUGAAUGAAAUACUGAGAAAGCGUGAUGAUCUGACUUCAGCAAUGAAAUUUUUGGAUCAAAAUUUAACCAAAGUAAAGGACAAAGUAAAUGAUCCAGAUAUAACACAGUGCUCCACAAGUGAAGUAUUAAGACUGGCAGUGUACAUGGAUCUUUUUUCUGAGAAAAUGUCUCUUAGCGAACAAGCCAUUGAUUGUUUGGAUGAUUUAAAAGUUGAUUCUUCCAGUCAGUUUUUAGUAGAUGCCAAACUAAAAACCAUGGAAAGUCACUCAGCAAGUGCCAGUUUAUUUCAAAACCAGUUAGAAGAUAUGCAAAAACAAGUAUACAGCUUACAAGAAAAACAAAAAAUAAGUACUGAUAGAAUUGAAUUGGCUGAAAAAAAUAUUGACUUGAUCAAAGUGGAACAAAAAUCAAACCAGGACAAUAUUACUAAAAUGGGAAUCAAGCAACUCCUUCUUGAUCAAAUACAGUUAAGAGAUGAUAAAAGCAUUUUGAAAAUAGAUGAAAGAAUUUCUACACUAGAAGAUUCUGUACAGGCUAUAAGAGGAGAGGUAAGCGGACUGCAAGAUGAAAUGAAGAAAGUUAAAACUCUUAAAAAACUGUUGAACCAACUUCAGCAGAAUGUUGACUCAAGAGUUGAAACAUCCACAAAGCUAUAUGAACUGCAGUCUGAAGUAGCAAGACUUCAUAGUCUUAUGUCUUCUAUUGAGAAUACUCAGUAUAAAGAGUCAGCUGAUAGUGUUCCGGCAUUUGUGGCUGAAACUGUUGUUAACAAGAACCCAUAUAAACUAGGAGAUAAAUUAAAAUUUCCCAAAGUGAGAUACAAUAACCGGAACCAUUUUACCAACCUACACCCAGGGUGUAGAGGUUGGUAGUGGCUUUUCUAAUUUUAUUGGUUUUUUUAUCAGAUAAUUAUAACAAGUUACUUUUAUUACUAUUAUUUGAAUAAUUAUGUUGUCCAGAUUUUUUAUUUUAUAAAUUUAUUCACCGAUAUAAUAACUACAAAUUAUUAUUUUUUAGGCUUUUUGUUCUUAUGCUAUUAUGCUAUGGUUUAAUAUUAUUAAAUUAAAAGGAAUACGCACCACGGAU